AUGUUUGGUUCAGGUAUGGCCAUUGAGCCUCAGCCUGCCCCUCAGCAACUCGUAUUCCCGACUUUCCGCAUCAUAGGACGCCCGCCCGCCCUCCUUGCACGCAUGAGCGACGACUCAGAUCAAACUCGUCUUCGUACUUCAUCUCCGGAACCCAUGCCACUUGAUACAGCUCUCGCCCACUCCCCUACGGGCGAGACCAGUGGAAGCCACGAUUUCUUGUCGCGCAUGUCCAAUCCCGGCUCGCUCCCAGCCGGUCCCUCUACCGUAUCGAACGCCCCAUCAGCCUUUUCUCCGCCAGCCCUCGCAACGUCGCCUCACCCGACGACUCCUGUCUCAAUAUCUGCACGCCUUGCCAGUGCUUCGACGCCCGAUGUCCCCACUUUCUCUCCUAUCGUCCCUAGCUUCGAGAAGGGCAAGGGACUCGCUAUGUCCGGCGGUUCUUCCUCAAUGCCUGUUGAGCAAAGCUCUUCUACGGCUCAAUCGACCUCUUUGACGUCUCCUCACGUUACCGACACGCCACAUACUGACCUCGGCUACGACUUUCCUGGGUUUCUACAGUUCCUUGAGAAGCGCACCCAGAGCUUGAAUGGAGUCCACAAUUCGAAUGCCACGAGAGCGAAGAACUGGACUGAUCAAGCUCGGAAGACGGCAACGUCUGGCGUCGAGCUUCUCGAAUUCCUACGCACUUUGAUCGCCGACGCCGAUGCGGCUGCGGCCCAAGCGUCUCGCGCACGCGAGGAAGCCGAUCGGGCGGCACAACUUGCGACAAAUCUCCAAUCCCGUGUCAAGGAAGCCCUGUCGCUCGUUGAAAGCCUUCAACAAGAACACACCCACAAUCGCGAUCUCGCAGAGAAAGUACAGCAGUACAGCGAACGUCUCAAGACUUGGGACGCUGCCACCGGAGAAAAAGAGAAGAGCUUCAUCGCCAAACUACGCAAUCACCUUCAGGCCGAAGAGAAUGCCCGAACUUUCCGUUCCGCCGAAGCCGCGCGCCUGGAAGCCGCCCGGGCUGAUGAGGAUGCAGCUCGCGCGCGGCUCGAGCUCCAACGCGCGCAAGAUGAAGCGACACGAUCUGCAGAACGCAACGAGCUCAAUGCCGUGAGGGCUGAGCUAGAGGCGGCUAAGAGGAAGGAACUUGCGCUCAUCAAGGAGCGCGACGAUUUGCAACGCGCAAACAAUGUCUUCCUGGCUUCGGUCGAGGGCCUUCGCGCCUUCACCUCAAACCUCGGCGCGAAUAGCGAGGCUAGGAUUGCCCCCGAUUCCUCCAUUCUUACUUCCACCGCUGCUCGAUCCACAACUCCUGUCACUCCGGCUGUUCAUACGGCGACCACCUCUUCGUCUAGGACCGCUAUCCUUCCUCAACCCAAGGCGAGCCCGUCUGGCCUUAUUUCGAGCCCAGCGCUUGCAGCAGAUGCUUCUCUACAGCUCAACACAAGUUCUCCUGUCGCCAGGCAGACGACUUCUCCCGCGCAGGUCACCUCUCGGCCACUUGUGAUGGGCUUUGUACCAGCUCAAACGGAAGCUGGCCGCGCUCUGAAUACGCAAAGCCCCCUAGCCAGUACGGCUCGUACUUCAUCACGCUCAGUACGGCCGACUCCCGAAGCUCAGCGAUCAUCUCCCACAGUAAUACCCGUCCGUGGUUCAUCCAUUGCGUCUGCUGCUACGUCGACCGCCGCCUCGCCUGAUGUCAUGGUGAAGCAAGAGCCCGAACCGGAUACAGAGCUACCUCAGAGCACAAAACCAUCAGUUGCUCAGAGUGACCACUCGCCUGCUCAUGCUGCAGAAACACUGGCCACACCACCCCCUUCCGCGGCUGCCGUCGUCACUCCGUCCAUCAUCGAGUCAGCGCCUACACCUACUCAACGCCCUCCCUCGCCGAUCUCAAAUGCGGAGCCUACAAGCGUGGCAUUGCCCGCGCCGCCUCUCGUUAGAGAACCUGAGCCGCUGCGUGAGCCGUCGCCCAUGGGGCCCGGAUACGACGGGGAUCACCAUUCCAUGAUGCCUCCCGAACGGGACUAUGAUCUGGAUGACCGCCGUUCCUUUGACUCCCAUCCGGAGGACCGCCUGUCCCCCGCAAAUCGCCGUUCUAUAGACUUGCGCUUGCCGCCAAAGCCCCAAGUCACUCUCCCACCAUUGAGAGAUGAGCGACCCGACCAACCUCCCUCUCCCAUCCAUCAGCGUAGCCUGGCGAACCAGUCGCCCAUAGAGCGCCACGAUCCUGGCCGACCUGUCGUCAACAGGAGGAAAUUUGGCGAGCGCGGUGGCUCAAGUGGAGGGCUGCGAAACAUGGACGACGAUGCGCUCCCGUCUAGCUCAAGUGGUCCUAGCAACAGGCCAUUUGGUGACGAAGAACAACGGCAAAGCUGGGAAGAUCGCCGCCGCAAUGGUUCUGGCCCCUCACGACCUGCACCAAUUAGGACUGCCGAUUCAUAUGUCCCCGGCCAUGACGACCCUUAUUCGCCGGGCUACGAGCGCAACGGGUGGGCUACUUCGCCGCGACAAGACCAGGGUGGGUUCGAACAGCGCACCAACUUCCCGCCACAGAGUCCAUCCGUGCCUGGUGGCCACUUCAACUACAGUGCGAGCUCGCCCAACACACGUAAUGCUCGCCCUCGCGGUGACCCCUACCUGGGUCGUGCCUCAGAUCAUUACAGUCCUGAGCGGUCGACUCGCGACCCCAGUCCGCAGCGGGCCAUCCAGCGCCGCCCUUCGCGCGGAGGUGACAUGUAUCGUCCAUCGCCUCCUCAAGCCAUGCCACAGCGGCAGCAGGUGAGGGACUACCAAGAUCAGUCACGGCGCAAUCCCCCGCCUCGCCAGACUUCCCCUGAUUCUCGACCUGCGCCGCGUAACGAUGGUCGAUCUCAGCCAAGUGGGCUUCAGGCCAGAAUCUCGAGUGGACACGGAGGAGGACAUCAUGGGUCGUCGACAAACACAUCGCCUCCUGCUGGAGACCUCAUGUCGCGUAUAGGUGUGCCGUCCCCUAAGCGAACCUAUAGUCACAACGACGACGACGAUGACGAUGAGCGGGAGCCCAAACGGGCGCGCGGUCCGCGCGGAGUCAACCGUCUUCUACGCUCUCUACGCAGCAAAUGCGCCGCUCUUACCUCUGCAACUCGCACAUCAACCGACGAGUAUACAAAGUCUAGGAUCACCGACUACGCUCGCGCGACAGGAAAGGGGGGCGAAUGGGCCAUCGAAGACCCGCCGCCACUUGCGGUGUUUGAUGAUCCCAAGAAGCUUGAAGGUCGCGCGCUCGACCGUCGAAGCAUGAUGAACAUGCCAUCCUGCAAGCUUGUCCACGACGUGGUCGGGGCGUGGAAGAAUAUAUUGCAAGCGGCAUUGCCUACGCCACAAGCGAGUUCCACAGGCUCCUCACUAUUACCGUUGACUAGCAUGUGCGCGGCAAUCGUAGGACGAUCUAUGGUCGGUGUGGUGGGAACGGGCGAAGCGGAAUUCUCCGAGAGCGAGGGAGAUUAUAGUGGAGACGAGGAGAGUGAUGCGGAGGGUGCGGAAAUGGCGGCAAUCCAGGAGCUUUACGACGCCGUGCCAACUCGGUUUCGCAACUGGACACUCAUCUCUCACUCUCUGACUCUCCUGCUCAGCAGUUGCCCACAUAACCCCACGCUCUUUUCGUGUCUACUGGACUUGUCUCUCAACUACAGGCUGGUGCAAGAAUCUCGAUCUAUAUUAUCUGCCUAUCUGUCACUCUGCGUCCAACCCGCCGCCUCGAACAUGGCUCCUCCUCUAGCGCACCCCUCCCAUACCGAGUUCCUGAAGGACCUAUCUUCCCGCUGGACUAGUACUCCUGCGUCAUCAUCAUUAUCUGCGCUACCCCAUGCACCGCAACAAGGCUUUCAACCCAACCCCCAUUUCUCAACACGUACUUUCGUCGACAUCUUCGUGACCGCGUUGUCCGAGACACAAUGUCACGAAGCAUGGACUUGCAAGGCCACAGCACGACUUGCGCGCCGGCUUCGACAGACCGACACCCACGGCUACGCUAGCCUGUGCGGCGGCCUCAUGGAACUCCUAUGUCGCGCACCACCCGCGGCCGACGACGACCGACCAGAGCGUCUCGCUUUAUGGCUUGACAACCUACCGAUGUCUUUUCAGGCAGAAGAGGAUGUCACUAUGUCGAUUAUGCAUCUCAUCUGUGCCGCUCAAAAAGCCGGUUUGCACGUCAUGGAUACCACACGCCUUGCGAUAGACUCUCCGAUGCGCCUGCUCCAGAGCGCUCUUGUGUGUAUCGCCAUAAGAUGUCUGGGCUCUGUGGUCUCACAAGCAAACUCUCACCUGCGAUACCCAUUGAUUACUCUGUUGCGAUCAGCACCUCAGACCGCGACUCUCGAUAGUGUGGUCGGCCCAUGCUUCGAUGUAUCAACAUCGUCAAGCGCAGACACUCCCUCCAGCACGCAGGCACUCUCAGAUUCCUUCAACGACAUCUUCCACCGCGUGGACUUCAUUGCGAGCGCACUGCGUGAGGGCGUCCUUGCCAGGCUCGAGAGCUCUCUCUGGAGUUGCGCCCUACGACACUUCCAGCGCAUGAAGUUAUCAGAAGGUUCGGGCGCCCAUGCAUCAAACAUCUUCCGACAGAAAUUGGUCGAUGCUCGCACAGCUGCCGCAGGGCGCCGGGUCUUGGAGGACGCUGAGAUCGAGCGUAUGCGGUCGCUGUGUCCAUCACCUCCACCGUCGCGGCCGUCGAGCCCGGUCCCAGAGCCAAUGCAGAUACCCGAGAUAUCAAGACGGUCUCUUGGCGCCGUAAGAUCGGUUCCCGUGCACCGUCCUAUGCGCUUCCAGUCAGCCUCAACCACGGUGUCGCCCGUUACUACACCAAGGAAGCCGCGUGCUACAGCGAGGAGACGAGCGUCGCGUGGUCCCGCUGCCUUACCCCACCAGGAGAAGUCUUCCUCGAUCUCUGAGACCUCGAACGCAAGCUCGUUUCUGCUUGCGUCGCUCAAGACCGUAUCUCUCAAGCUGCUCGAACAUCGGUCUUCUGGAAAUUGUGACGAACGCGAUGAAGCCUUGGAUGCCAUCACACCCCGCGCGAGACGAAGUGAUCGUCCCAAAGUAACCCUACCAACAACCGAUGCGGAUAGCGAAAGCGACUGGAGCCGUGAUGAAGGACUCCGCGGAACGAAGAGGCCACGCAGUAUGUUGACACCUCGAGCUCGGCCUCGCGCGUCCACAGACAGUAAAGAUGUCGAGGAUAUCGCCAGUCCCCUGGCUAAGCGGAAACGAGGCACCGCUGCAGCUCGAGCUCAGGUGUCGCGUAUUGCGCUUCACCAUACGAUGGGCUCCGAGUCCGAGUCUGAGGAGAGCGGCAGCGACUGGGGACAAGAACAUGGAGCCGACAUGGCCAGGAGAGCUGCCUGGUCGCGGGCGCAGUGCAGGGAGUCGGACACUUCGGACAGUGGUAGUGACUGGGCGCGCGAUCGACGAGUUCUUCCUCGCAGCGCAACUACUAUGACCAGUGGCUCAGCACCCUUGCAGCCCAGCGUCAGAACCAGAGCAACAUCGAGACGUCGUGCCUCCGAGUCGGUCGCCCGGUCUUCGAGGGUAUCUGACGUCUCUUCCGGCCCUUCGCUGUCCCCAGUACGAUUCAAGUCUUUGAUCGCGCAGGCUUCUCGGCGGCGUGUUUCUCUUCGCGAGGAACCCCCCAAAGUACCUCGCAUCUUACGACGGCGCAGAAUCGUACUGGAUUCGGAGGACGAGAGCGGACUGGACGAGCCGCGACGUACUAGCGAAAGCGAAAGCGACAUCGAUAUCGCCGUGAACGUCCCCGCCAAAGCCCACGAUAUGGAAGCUCCCGGUGACGACGACGCGUUGGAUUUAUUCAUGUACGAAUAG